AACUGAAACUGAAAUAGAAAUAAUUGUCUUGUCAAAUAAAUUGUGUUUGUUUGUGUAUGUGAUAUAACCUUUUUGUACUUUCAGUAAACAUAUUAUUAAACUAAAGUGCAGCCAAAUGAAAACUAUUAUUGUUCAGUAUCUUUAUUAAGUAGAAUAUUAGAUUGUAAACGUGCUUUUUAAUACUUUACUAAUUCCAUCAAGUUUUAAAUAUGGCUGAAGAGGUAUCAGAAGAUGGAUUGACAGACUCGCCUAAAAGAGGACCAACAUUAUCUACCAGCACAAGCAGUUUUGAGGCGCUGGAUCCUCAUGAUCCAAACCUGAGCCGUCUUGCCACCACAAUGUUUCAGAAAACAGCCGACUACCUGUUAGGGGAGUUAACUGUUACACAGGAGGACUACAAGCUGCUGGAAGCCAUGAACCAGGCGACAGUCACCAAGUACUCGGACAUGAGACAGAUUGCUUGCAAUGUUGGUAGAACCAUGUCAGAACUCAAUGAUAAAUACAAAUCACUACAGCCAUAUCUUGAUCAGAUUGAUCAAAUAGAAGACAGUGUGACGAAGCUGGAGCAAGCUGCCUUCAAGCUAGACGCUUACUCUAAGAGACUGGAGGCAAAGUUUAAAAGUUUGGAGAAGAGAUAACCCUAACUCGACUGACAGACAUUUUUUCUAAGGGUUUUGGUGCAAUCGUAUUGUUUAUAAAAGUGCACUAAUCAAUGCAGAACUCUUUUCAAAGUGAUACGGUAGCAUGCAAUGUGCAUCAAUGUGCUUUACCUCGUACACUCAUGGUAAAUAUUCUUGUUUAAUCUUCUAUACACAAUCGUACAAAUUAAAUUGUCUAUAAACAAUUGGUAAAAAUCCCCAAAAAGAAUUACUUAUCGAACACACAAACUUGGAAACCCAAUGGCCUAUUUGUAAUGCUUAUCAUAAUAACAGACCAAAGUUCGAUAUUAGUAAAUAAUUCAUAAAAAGACAUUUUUUUAUUUGUUAGAUUUUAAGUAUUUCUUUACAGCUUUUAUUGUAUAUCAAAAUAAAGAUUACUUACAUG